AUGGAUGUGAAGAAUUUAGAACCAUAUGCUAUUAUAGGGUUUGAUGGCUCAGCGAUUCGUGGCCUUAAGGUUCAUCCAGAUGGAGAACAUAUUGUAUACCCUAUGGGUAAUAAGGUGUGCAUCCAAGAUUGGAAAUCUAAAAAGAUGUACUUCCUCAGUGGGCAUACCAACAGCGUUUCCACUGUCGCUGUAUCUCCUAAGGGCACUUACAUUGGUUCCGGUCAAAUAAACCACAUAGGUUUUAAAGCGUCUGCUAAAUUAUGGGACUUCAAGAAAAAGAGUAUGAUCGGAAGUCACGAAUUACAUAAGGUGCGAGUGGAGGCUUUGGCAUUUUCAUCAGAUGAGCGUUACAUGAUAUCUCUUGGAGGGCGAGACGACGGUUGUGUUGUGUUAUGGGAUUGUGCUGCUGGCGCCGCCACCGGUACCUCGGCAGCCGCUCGCUUGACCACUGGGGACGCCAUGACCCUCACGCCUCUGUCCCUGAGGGUCAAUUCGUUUGUCACUGGAGGAGAUUCUAAUCUUCGUGUGUGGAACAUCCGAGCGGAGAGCAAGAACUUGGAUGUGGUAGAUGUGUCACUGGGAAAGUUACGAAGAUGUGUCAGGUGCAUAGCCGUCAACCAGGAUGAUACAUUCGGCAUGGCGGGAACCACGUCUGGAGAUAUCAUCAAAUUUUCAAUUAAUUAUCCAUCGGAUCCAACCGAGACUGUUGCUAACUGCAAACCAUCUUUAAUCGGCUGCCUGGCGAAGUGUGGACCAUGGAAGAAAGGCAAGCGACCGGAGUCUAUAUGUUACAGCCAAGGUAUAGAAUCUAUUUUGAUAAUGGUGGAUGGUUGUAUCAUCGUCGGUGCUGGCGACGGUACCAUUGACAUAUUGGACGAAAUUAACUGGAAAGGCGAUUUUCCUAAGGGAAAGGUUAUAGAUCCAAACAAGCCACACUUUCGAGCACUAAAAAGCACUAAGUUAGAUGGCUGUAUUACAUCACUGGAAUUAAUGGAGUCGCCUUCUCUGAAAGGCGACAAACGUCUCCUCCUCGCCGGUACAAGGUCCAGUGAAAUAUACGCGAUCAAUGUGACCACAUUCGACCCUAUACUUGUGGUCACCUGUCACCGAUGCGCCAUUAACGAUAUCGCUUUUCCAAGGGGCAUGUCGACGGUGUUCGCGUCGGCGGGCGCGGGCGACGUGCGCGUGUGGUGCGCGCGUUCCGCUCGCGAGCUUCUGCGCAUCGUCGUGCCCAACUUUACAUGCUCUGCGCUACUCUUCGCCGCCGACGGGAAGUCCAUCGUCACCGCAUGGAACGACGGCAACAUACGCGCGUUCACACCACUUACUGGAAGACUUAUUUACUGCAUUUAUAAUACGCACAACAAGGGUACUUCUGCGCUGGACAUGACACACGAUGGACGUACCCUCAUCUCGGGAGGAUGUGAAGGACAGGUUCGCGUGUGGGAUAUAAAGCCGGAGUGUCAGAGUUUAAAGAAGGUACUAAAGGAACACAAGAGUCCAGUUUCUGCAAUACAAGUAUCACCUAACGACAUGGAGGCCGUCAGUGCAGGGACGGAUGGCUCUUGUAUUAUUUGGGAUCUAAUUUCACUGUCCAGACGACAAGUGAUGUACGCGAACACUUUGUUCAUGUGCGUUUGCUUCGAACCGAAAGGGUGUCAGCUGUUGACAGGAGGAUCUGAUCGUCGCGUCGCUUACUGGGAAGCGGGAAGUGGAAAUCUUGCGCGAGAGCUCGAAGCUAGUAAAGUUGGAGCAAUAAAUGGUCUUGAUAUAACACAAGACGGUGAGCUAUUCGUAACCGGAGGCAACGAUCAAAUGGUCAAGCUGUGGAAGUACCAGGAGGGCGUGUACACGCACACGGGGCUGGGGCACGCGGGCGCCGUCACCAGCUGCCGGUUCAGUCCGGACGCGCGCACCGUCGUCAGCAGCUGCGCCGCCGGCAGCAUCAUCAUAUGGAAGGUGCCCGAGAUAUAUCUACAAAAGGAAGCACUGCCUUCAGAACGAAAUGGUGUAAGAAAUUCGCCAAAAACAUUACCAGAAGAGUUAAAACUACAGCUCGAUGAUAAACCAACACAUAAAGCGGCUGGUGAUCGGCAAAACAAGAUACCUUCUGCACCUUCAAAGAUAGAAAAAAUCGAAGCUAUGAACACAUCACGAAGCAGCGUGCAUUCUUGCUGUCCAUGCGACACGGUGAGGUCCAAACAAUCUGAUAAAUCUAAGAAAAUCUCUCUCAAAACUGGCAACACUGCUACCAAAUGCUGUAAACCUCCAGAUAAUCUUCCGACGAGAACAACGAGUAAAGAUUAUGUCAACAGCAGCGGUGACAAAAAGUGAAACAAAAACUGUAAACUGUUUAGCAAUUAUUCAAUUUAUUAAAACCAAAACAAUAAUAAACAAUAUAAUAAGUCUGCUGAACAUCAUGAAUAAAAUGUUAUUUGUAAGUUGGUGUUUUUAUACUCAAAACUCAAUUGCUAUACCAAUAUUAUUUAUUAAAUUUUUAGACAAAUA